AUUUAAUUACAAAUACUUUUUACUAUUGUUUCAAAAAACAAUUGUUUAAAAAAUGUUUAUCCCAUUUUUAAAUGGAUUGGUAUGCCUAUUAGUCUAUCAGCAAAAAAGUGGUAUUAUACCUGAUAUUAUUGACAACUGUCCUGUUAAUACUGUUCAGAUUACUUACAACAAUAGUAAAUCAGUUGAGUUUGGCAAUGAGCUCACACCUACUCAAGUUUCAGAUGAACCAGUUGUGCACUGGCCGGCCAAACGCAACGCAUUGUAUACAUUGGUUAUGGUAGAUCCCGAUGCACCGAGUAGACAGUCACCAGAGUUACGUAGUUUUAAGCACUGGGAAAUCAUAAAUAUACCAGGUGAUAAUGUGAGGUCUGGCCAAACAGUUGCCGAGUACUGGGGUUCGGCUCCACCAAAGGACACCGGUAAACAUCGGUACGUGUUUUUGGUGUACGAACAACACUGUCGUAUAAAUGGCGUAAAACGCGACGACAGUGAGGAAAGUCGCGGUCAUUUCAAUGUCCGACAAUUGGCCGCUAACUAUACGUUGGGCGCACCCGUUGCCGGCAAUUAUUUUUUGGCACAGUUUGACGGCUCGUAUUAAUAGAAUUGUAUUGAGAAUAAUAAAAAUCUUAUUUAAAAAUCAAUUAAAGUUAACUUUUAUAAAGAUUUUCAAAAUUAAAUGCAAUUUAAUUUAUACAAA